CAUCAUUAGUUCUUCGUCUUCGUAGAUGACGGGAACUGAAGCGGCGGACGAUGAUGAGGCCAUUCACCGUUCUUGACUUCUUGUUCUUACGCUGAAGACUGGAAUUGAUCUUUUGCACUACUGUUGUACAUCGGCCGGUUAGAGAGAUGACAAAGCAAGAAUGGCUCAAAAAACAUGGGCUAUUUUUAUGAUUGGGAUUGGACUGCAUCUUAUUGGCUCACUUACAAUUGUUUGAGCUGCAGAACCACAGAUUUUACAAAAAAUCCCACUUGGAAAGGAGAUACCACAAGUUCCUGUUCUCCAUCCUGCCACUCUUGUGUUAACAAUGUGUCUAUGGCAUUUUUAACAAAUCUGAACAAUAUAAAACCUUUAGUUGGAAAGUAUGAAUCAUUGGCUUGGUUUUACAAGUGGAUUGGGCUGUUCUUCUAUGCUAGGGCUGUUAGCUCUAUUGAAUGGCAUGUUUCCAAAUCCCAUUUAUGUUGAGGUUUACUACCCGUAUGACAACCAGAUGGUAGAUGUAAGAGAAGAUCCCCUUCUAGGUAUUUGCUAGAUCCUCUGCUAGAAAGAAAUGUGCCUUUUUGAACAUAUCAAGUUUUCAAUAGCUUCUUUUAAUAGUUCGAAAGAAACUUAUUAGAUUCUCUUGCAUCACAAAUAAAUCUAUGCUCCAGGCUGCCACAAUAGCUUUCUUUUAAGAGUUUGUUGAACAGCCAACAUGAUGAGUGAAAUGUUGGUUUCUGUAGAAAAAGAGAUUAUUUAAUGGAACUCAGUCAUAAUAUUCUAUGAAACCAUUUUCAUGAGUCAGCUCAUUACCAUCAAUUUGAGCCUUGAUUUUGUAGGAGA